AAUUUUGCUUUGUUUUUUGUUUUUUGUAAAGAGAAGUAGAGGAGGAUAAAACUGGACCGCUGGGGAGGCCAGUUUCAUGCUGUGUGGCACUUCUCAGCUAUCUGCAGUAGGCAAGAUGUCUUUGGCCCUACUUUCUGUCCUCUGGCUCAUCAUUCAAACUCAAGCCAUAAAGCAAACACCUGAAUUAGAGCUCUAUGAAGUAGUUCGUCCUAAAAAACUACACAUUUUACACAAAAGGGAGAUACAGAACAACCAGACAGAGAAUGGCAAAGAGGAAAGAUAUGAACCUGAACUUCAGUAUCAGAUUACAUUAAAUGGAGAAGAAGUUGUUCUUCACCUGCAAAAAAGCAAACAUCUCCUGCGGCCAGACUACACUGAAACAUAUUACUCACCCACAGGAGAGGAAAUCACUACAAGCCCUCAGAACAUGGAACAUUGCUACUAUAAUGGACACAUACUAAAUGAAAAGGAUUCUGUUGCCAGCAUUAGUACUUGUAAUGGGUUGAGGGGAUACUUCACACAUCAUGACCAAAGAUAUAUGAUAAAGCCUCUGAAAAGCACAGACCAAGAAGAACAUGCUGUCCUCACAUACAACCAAGAGGAGAUAGACCUGGCUAAUCGCACUUGUGGUGUAAGAAGUGUUGGCAGGAAACAAGGCCAUAUUCGAACUUCCAGGUCACUCAAUAGCCCAGAGCAAGAAGACUUUCUUCAGGCUGAGAAGUACAUUGAUCUCUUGUUGGUGCUGGAUAAUGCUUUUUAUAACAUGUAUAAGGGAAACCUGACUUUGAUAAGAAGCUUUGUGUUUGAUGUGAUGAACCUACUCAAUGUGAUUUAUAAUACCAUAGAUGUUCAAGUGGCAUUGGUAGGUAUGGAAAUCUGGUCGGAUGGUGAUAAGAUCAAGGUGGUACCCAACACAGGUGACACCUUUCACAACUUUCUGAAUUGGCAUCGUUCUAACCUGGGGAAAAUGAGGAUACAUGACCAUGCACAGCUACUCAGUGGAAAUGGCUUCAGCAAUGGACGUGUAGGAAUGGCAGCCUCGAAUUCCUUGUGUUCCCCGGCUUCCAUUGCUGUUAUUGAGGCUAAGAAAAAGAAUAAUGUGGCUCUUGUAGGAGUGAUGUCACAUGAGUUGGGUCAUGUCCUUGGUAUGCCUGAUGUUCCAUAUUAUACCAAGUGUCCCUCAGGGAGUUGUGUGAUGAAUCAAUAUCUGAGUUCAAAAUUCCCGAAGGAUUUCAGUACAACCUGCCGUUCACAUUUUGAGAAAUACAUUUUAUCUCAAAAACCAAAGUGCCUACUGCAAGCACCAAUUCCUAAAAAUAUAAUAACGAAACCAGUGUGUGGGAACCAACUUCUGGAAUUAGGAGAAGACUGUGAUUGUGGCUCUUCUAAGGAAUGUUCCAAUCCUUGCUGUGAGGCCAUGACCUGUAAAUUAAAAUCUGAAGCUGAUUGUAGAAGAGACACUCUGAACCAUAUCACACAAUGAAUCAAAAAAUCUACUUCAUUGAAAUGCUACUUGCUAGGACAAGAAUCAAGAAAUCUAAACAACCAGGAAUCUUGUACUUAGAUAUAUUUUGCUUUUCACUUGGCAUUAUACUUUUUACAUUUUUAUCAGUCCGGCCAACAGGUAAAUGUACUCAGUGAAAUUGCCUGUUUUCUAAAGCCUGAUCCUUAAUGUAUUUUUAAGGAUGGGAAAGGUUGUUGCCUAGCUUUGCUCUUUGGAGAACGAAAGAAAUUAACCCUUGACCAAAACCCCUCAAAUUAUGCAAGUUCAAGUCAGAACUGUAAAAUUACCAGUGGCUUGUGUUUUUACCCCACGGUCAUUUUACUAGUAUAGCCCAUGACAAAAUAAGACCCCCUGAGUGGGGCGCCUGGGUGGCUCAGUUGGUUAGCGACUGCCUUCAGCUCAGGUCAUGAUCCUCACGGUCCUGGGAUCGAGUCCCGCAUCGGGCUCCCUGCUCUGCGGGGAGCCUGCUUCUCCCUCUCCCACUCCCCCUGCUUGUGUUCCCUCUCUCGCUGUGUCUCUCUCUGUCAAAUAAAUAAAUAAAUAAAUCUUUAAAAAAAAAAAAAGACCCCUUGAGUGAAGCCUUUGGCAGAAGAAGGGAGAACAGAAUUCACGUGUCAUGUACUGAUCCUCAAUAUUCCACUUCCCUUGCUCUUCGAAGUGUGAUAGUUGUCUGUAUCACAUCAAGAUUAAUUAAACAUAAACAUUUUUCAUUUUGUCAUGUAUAAUCCUCUCACCAUCACAUAUAAGUGUUAAUUUUGAGAAGUCUUAAUGCUCACAAUUUAGCUUAACCAUCAAGGAAUGCUUCAUUCAUCUGUUGAUUUAACAUAC